AUGGAAAAUAAGAGCAGUGUGACUUAUUUUUUCCUUGCUGGAUUCUCAGUUUCCUUGGAAGUACAAUUGUUUCUUUUUGUGGUUUUCCUUGCUAUUUAUCUCCUUACUGUGACAGCAAAUGUUGCCAUAAUAAGUUUAGUCAGGUCGGACUCAAGGCUUCACACUCCUAUGUAUUUCUUGCUUAGCCAAUUGUCUUUCCUGGAGAUCUGGUACACAUCAACCAUUGUCCCUAAACUCUUGACCAAUUUGGCAGGGUGGAAAUAUAUUUCUCUGUCUGGUUGUCUGUGUCAGACGUACUUCUACUUCUCAUUGGGUUCCACUGAAUUUUUUCUGCUGGCAGUAAUGGCUGUAGAUCGUUACCUGGCUAUCUGCAACCCUUUGCGUUAUACCGCCAUUAUGAAUGGUCAGAUGUGUGUAUUGGCAGCUUCAUCUUGCUGGUCAAUUGCCUUUUUCUCUGUGUUUUUCUUGGUGAUGUUAAUAUCCCAGCUUAAGUUCUGCCAGCCCACCAUCAUUAACCAUUUUUUCUGUGAUAUUCCCCCUCUUCUCAGACUGUCUUGCACAGAAACCUUUUUAGAGGAUAUUAUGGUCUUCUUUUUUGCUUGUAUUAUUAUUCUCACCUCUCUACUUCUUACAGUUGUAUCCUAUGUUCUCAUCAUUUCUACCAUUUUUAAAAUCCCCUCCAACAAAGGGCGGAAAAAGGCGUUUUCCACGUGUGCUUCACAUUUUAGUGUUGUCUCAAUUUUAUAUGGGACAGUCAUUUUUAUCUAUGUAAGGCCCAGUGUUUCAUGUUCAAUGGAUGCCAACAAGGUUCUGGGUAUUUUCAACACCAUUGUGACACCCCUGCUCAACCCUGUUAUUUAUUGUCUUAGAAAUAAAGAAGUGAAAAUGUCUCUAAGGAAAGUAAUGAAAACAAAGUCAGAACUGGCAAUUGCUAAGAUAUACAAUUUUAAAGGACAUUGA